ACCCCCCUCACCGUGCGUUACUCAUCUCAUACUUACGUCAUAUAACCCCGACUGCACAGGACACGCUUUGACAACUUGUCUGACGUUCUUUGGAGAUCAGGGCCAAUCAGAAAGGAGAGAGGCGGGCUCUUAGGCCAUGCAGCCAAUCAUCGCACAGAGUGACUGAACUUGUCCGGGCAUGCCAGUGCGAAGCCGGUAGAGAAACACGUGGAGGAAUAGAGACUUGUCACAGGGGGAGAGCUAUUCACAGAAGCCUUGAACCAACCAACUCAAAUAUGGUUUCCCUGGAGAUGGAAGCAGCUAGCAAUUUGUCCUGUAGCUCCAGUGGAUCUAGUGAAUUUCUCAACUCCAGUAACGCAGAGAUCUAUACAAAGUGUCAGAGAAGAGUCCAAAAUCGAAGGAAGACACGAAGGCAUCAACGCUUCUUAAAGCGCAAAGCUUUCCUGCAACAGAGGAGACUCCUAAAUAUCCCUGAAACAGGAACUCAAGAGGUGCUAAAAGGAAAAACCAAAUGUUCAGUCAAUGGAAAUGACCAAUGUUUCUGUGAACAGAUUGCGGACAUGGAAAUGGGUAGCCAGAUAAAAACUCUGCUGGGCACAUUGCCAGUGGCGCCUGGCUCUUCCAUUACUGCAAAUAAACCAUCCACAUUCGAUUAUGAUGAUAGUGGCCUCUCUGUGGCAGGCAGCUCCAGCUCCAGCAGAGCAUCCUCCCCCCUUUCUUGGUUAAAGCCUGGGAAGUGUGUUGCUAUCGACUGUGAAAUGGUUGGAACUGGACCUGGGGGAAAGAUCAGUGAGCUGGCUCGGUGCAGCAUAGUGAAUUACAGAGGAGAUGUUGUAUAUGACAAGUACAUUAAACCUGAGCUACCAAUCGCAGACUACAGGACGCGAUGGAGUGGGAUCACUAAACACAGCUUGAAAAAUGCAAUUUUCUUUAAAACUGCCCAGAAAGAGAUUCUGAAGAUACUUAAGGACAAACGAGUGGUUGGACAUGCACUGCACAACGACUUCAGGGCUCUGAAAUACUUCCAUCCUCACUCCCAGAUUCGAGACACCAGUAAAAUCUCUUUAUUAAAAAAAAACGCAGGACUUCCAGAAAAAGCUGGCGUCUCUUUAAAAACUCUUGCAUUGAACUUGUUGGGCAAAAGAAUACAGGUUGGCAGAAAUGGCCAUUCUUCUGUAGAAGAUGCCCUGGCCUCCUUGGAGUUGUACAAAUUGGUUGAGGAUCAAUGGGAGGAGGAGCUUUGCAGUCACUUCCAACUCGAGACUUCCACUAGUGCAGAAACAAGCGGGGUCUCUGAUAAUGACCAUUACAUGGACGAUCGCUACUGGCCAGCAGACUUAAAUGAUGACUCUAAAUGAAGCACCACUUCAAGAUGAAUAAACUGUUUUACCAAUGUGCAAUAAACCUAUUUAUUGUGGAUCUGAGAUACAGUACAGAGAUGGGAUCUAUUUUCUGGAAACCCGAUAUCCCGAUUCCAGCAAUGCCAUUUCUCAUUAAAGUUGUACAGUUUAAUGUUAAAUAAGGCAGAAUAAUUUAGCAGUGCAUUAAGGCAUGCUCUGUUACAGAAGGGAUCACUUAUCUUGAAAACCUCUUACGGAUAAUAGGUCCCAUUUCUGUACUGUCAAAUAAAAUUACGGUUUGCAUUCAGCUGACCUGCAUUCUAGUUAUAUUAACUUUCAAGCAUUUUAAAACUUGAACCUGCUGGAUCACUUUUUUCCUGCAAAACUUGCAAUAUAUAUAAACCUUUAUAUAGAUGCACCUUUCCCUUUAUGAUGUACAGACUUUACAUACCAUUAUAGUACAUGAUCUGAGCAAUGUCUCUUGUUUUAAAGCUCAAUCAAACCGAUAAAUACCUGUGGUAAGUUUACUAAAACCUAAUGUUAUAAGACCACAUCGUUUGUCUUGUGAAAUUAAUUUGUAAAGUGUUUAAUUCUAGAUUGCAACUGUUUAGUGAGUUUUAAACUCGAUGGAUAUAUAUUUUUGUAAUAGGGUUAAUUGUAUUUUCAUUGUGAAAUAUCCAGGCUCACAUUGAAAAAUAUAAAAAGUCCUAACAGUCCUAAUCAGUAGAAUAUUUUCGGUAUCUUAAACAGCUACACAAACAAGGCAUUAUGGUGUAUAUUCUGGAAUUCUCCCUUUGCAUCCUUUCCCAAGACAUACUGUAGCUUUUGUCAUUUAACUCCUUAGCGAUGUAUAUGAGCAGUUUGUAGUAAAAAGUUCAUACUGUUUUUAGAAACAUAAACCAGUGUUUUCUCCCCAAUAUAAAUAAGAUGCCCACUCCUUGCUUAUGAAAUGCAGCACACUUGUGAAACUGUAACUGAAUACAUCUCGGAAAGAUGAUGUUUCACAAACAUGGCGGCAUACCAAACUAUAGUAAUACGGUGUGUAGAAGAAAUUAUUACAAACCCGUAAAAAUAAUUGUUAACUCUGUGAGCAUGUAGUAACAGGCAUUGAGAGUAACUAGAAUAAUACAACAUUGGCUAAUUGGCUUAAUUCAUAGCUAAACCUAACUGGAUAAAUAAUCUAUACACAGUUAAAAUAUUACAGUAUACCUAACCAGUAGCAUUAAGUAUGUACUCAGAUCACCCACCGAAAAAGGAAAGGGCACAGUCUACUUAUCCCCAAAACUUUAGUACAUCCUACUUGGAGCUUUGUUUUGUCUCUGUCUCAAAUUAUUAUAAAUUAACUUUUUUCCCUA